AUGGGUGAAGAUCAUCUAAUCAUAAAGUGCAAACAAGAUCUGGCUUCUGAAUUUGAUAUGAAAGACUUGGGUUUCCUACAUUACUUUCUGGGACUAGAAGUUUGGCAAGAAGAGAAUUAUAUCAUAUUGAAUCAAGGUAAAUACACUAUUGAUAUUCUAAACAGAUUUGGAAUGAUGGACAUCAAACCCAUGUCAGCACCCAUGGAAACGAAUCUACAUAAGCUAAAAGAUGCAGCCUCUAAGUCAGAAUUAGUUGAUCCUACUCUCUAUCGACAGAUAAUUGGAUCACUGAUGUACUUGGUAAAUACUUGGCCAGACAUUUUUUAUGCAACAAACACUCUUAGUCAGUUCAUGUGUAAACCCAGGAAAAUAUACCUUGUAGCAGUAAAACACAUCAUGAGGUACCUACGUGGAACUAUUGGACUGGGACUAAAAUAUGAUAAUGUAGAAAUAUGUCUUCAUGGAUACUCUGACUCAGAUUGGGCUGGUAGUGUUGUUGAUCGUAAAAGUACUUCAGGAUGCUGCUUUAGCUUCAGAUCUGCCAUGAUAGCCUGGUUCAGCAGAAAGCAACCUUCAGUUGCUCAGAGCUCCACGAAAGCUGAGUAUAUUGCAGCAUUAAUGGGAGCUCAAGAAGCAGUAUGGUCGAGGAAACUACGGAUCAAAACAUGUUGA